CCUGGCAACCUGUCCAGUCCAGCACAUAACUGCCCAUAAAAGCAAAAAUUCUUAUUUUUACACUUUGCUUUUGUACAUAUUUUUCGGAAGAAAUAUACUUGUUAAUUAAUGAGCUUUCAAAGUUGCUGACUGACUGAGGGGACUUUAAGCCAAGAAGCUCCCAGUCUGGAUGUCUGCACGCUGAGCUGCGGUACAGAAAUGGUUAAUCAAGGAUGCAAAAACAGAGACACCGUAAAGGAAGGAGAAACCGGGGGAACAGACGAGCUGUAGACCAAGCAGCGCCACAUCCUGGACCGCAUCCCCGGGUGAUGUGUUUGAUCCGCCGGCCUGUGUGCUGAGGGAGACACCGCCGAGCUUAAUCUGAAGACCUGCAUCGCAUUAUCACAGAUAGAAAAUUUGCGUGAAAGCAAGAGGAAAGAUGGUGACCGCGGAAACCCCAGAGGCUCCUGUACCUCUGACAGCGCUGUCACGCUGGUACCUCUACGCCAUCCAUGGCUACUUCUGCGAGGUGAUGUUCACAGCAGCCUGGGAGUUUGUGGUGAACUGCAACUGGAAGUUCCCCGGCGUGACCAGCGUGUGGGCGUUCUUCAUCUACGGCACCUGCAUCCUCAUCGUGGAGCGGAUGUACCUGAAGCUGCGCGACCACUGCCCCGUGCUGCUGCGCUGUGUCAUCUACACUUUGUGGACGUACCUGUGGGAGUUUGGCACGGGGCUGCUGCUGCGUCAGUUCAACGCCUGCCCCUGGGACUACUCCGAGUUCCGCUACAACUUCAUGGGACUGAUCACAGCCGAGUACGCCGUGCCCUGGUUCUGCGCCAGCUUCACCGUGGAGCGCUUUGUUAUCCGGAAAACGCUUCGGCUGCGAUUCCACAAGGGGCCCGAGGACGGUUGGUCAAACAAUGAGUUAGAUGCCGGGGCAGGAGGAACCGUGGGUGGUGGGAGAAGGAGAGAGGGUGGCAGAGGGAUGGCAAAUGAUGCUAACGGCUACCUUAAAGGAGAAUGAAUGAAAGGAAAAUCUGAAACCAGCCCAAUUGCCUUGCUACACCUCCUCUACCCUUCUCAGCCACUUUUAAUAAGCAGUCCUCUCCCAUUAACUGUCUGGGGGGAGGACAAACGGACAGCAAGGUGCACUGGGUUGGUGUGCAGAGGUGUACAGAGUACCAGAAUAGAAAACAAAACCUAACUGAGGUUUUAAAUGCCCAAAUCACUCACUUGCGCUCUCUACUGUCAACAGAGGCACAAUAACUCCAUGUCGCUGUGUUUGCUGCAUCUCAUAACACACCCACUGAUUUCUAUGUGGGGUUGGCCUUGAGUAGAUCAAGGUCUUGAAUGUCCAGGAUUACACUUUCGGGAGGGGGUGGGGGUAACUGUUGCAAAGAUUAGUGUUAUCAUCCUCCAAAGGAACAAAUUCAAGAACUAGAAGAAUAAAUAUUUCUGUUUUUCAAGGGCACAUCAGUCUAUCUGAAAGCAGAAAGCUUGCUGCAUAGUAGUCAUAAAAAGUAGCUACAGCUGUAACACAUUCUUUUUAAAAUGUACAUAUUGUCCUUUAGUAUUAAUCAAAGUACUGUAGUAGUGUAGCUACACAAAUCUCUUUGAAAACAUACCGUCCACCCUGAGGCUCCGUGUGUCGGCGUACAUUAUGAAGAAUGUUUUUGGUGAAUACCCACAAUGUCUGGCAAAAAGAUGCAUGAAAAUAAUGGUCUUCCAAUAUAAUAUACUGUACAUUUCUACAAAGGUCGUUCAGCAGUACUGUAGGUCAGUCUGCUGCUUGUGUGUGGUUGACCAGUUAUCAUGGUCGACUCCUGGUUGUCUCCUCCUGACUGCAUGGUGUCCUUGAGCAAGACAAAACCCCAGAGUGCUGGUACUGAGCAGGUUCACGCAUUGCAUGGCAGCUUCUGCAGUUGUGGUGUGUGUGGUGUGGUGUGUUGGUGUGUGUGUGUGUGUGUGUUGUGUGUGUGUGUGGUGUGUGUGUGUGUGUGUGUGUGUGUGUGUGUGUGGACGGGCCGGCGGGUGUGUGGUGUGUGAAGGCUAAUGUGAGAUGUUGUAAAGGCGCUAAAUAGAUGCAGUCCAUUUGACAUACCAGCAAGGGCGCUGUUCUGUUAAUGGCAAUGAUUGAGUCAGAGCAGCAGCAUAAAACACCAAACUCUUGAUAAUCUUUCCAUUUUCCUAAAACUUCAAUGUCUGGAUGUCCAUUUUGUGUGCUUUACUGUCAUCUCAGAUCUGCCGGGGGCCCAUAAGCCUCAUUCUAAUUCUCAAUCCUUGGAAAUCAAUCAGUCAAAUCAUAAAAUGUUUUUUUCUUAUGCUAGUAGCCACACGAUCAAAAAAGUGUUCACUAAUAAAGUAGCAGUAGUCAAUUUUGAGUGAAACAGAAUGACAAGUAGUUCAUGUGUCACGUCAGGUUUCCAUAUUUGAGCUUUUUAACUUCAAAAUGCAUUUUAGGAACAAAUGCCACAUUCACAACGUGUGCCCAUCAGAGCGUUUGUUCAGUGUUGUUGGUCCUCACAUUUGAACCCCGUUUUUCAUGACCCCUCUCUAUUUGCAUUACAUUAGUUUAAAGCUAUAGUGUGUAGUUUCUGUUGCCCCAAUGAGGAAGUCUGAAGAAUGACAACAAAACUGUCGGCACGUCCACAUGAUACAAGCCUUACGUGAUUGCGCACGCGCCCCCACCCCUCCACCCCUCCACCCCUCAGUCACUUGUAGCCAAGGAGGUCAGGGAGGAUUGAAAAACAUGAUGGACUCUUCAGAAGAGCUAUUUAUCUUUACUUGAGUUGAUUUGUAAUACAUAUAUUAAUAUCAAAAGGUUACGCAUUAAAGCUUUAAAAAGUGUGUGAAGGAAGGUAAUGUGUGUGAGGAAAUAUGUAGCAGAUUGUGGCGUUAUUUCAUUAAUUAAAGGAAACCCUCACACUUCUCCCCACUUUACAAAUAUCAGAAUUCGCUGCUCAUUUUCUUCCAAUAUUAAUGAUCUGUAAGUCACAAUUGAUUUGGUUUCUUGGUGAAUAAUGGCCUUUGUGAAAUUUUUCUGGACUUUGACUGACAUCUGACACAAUCCACAACUGUUUAAACAUAAUAUGAUACAAACUAGUCUGAUGUCAGAUACAUUGCAGCAUCCAGACUCUUGUACUCCAAUCAGGUGAAACAUGCAUAAUGCAAACAUUGCUUAUUUCCAUUGGUGUUGUCACUCUUAAUGUUGAUCCUGCGACGUCCUGUGCUCUAUGAGUAUUAGGAUCAAGGACUGUACACUCACCUUUAUGCACACAGAAGUUGACCGUAAUGUUUUCAGCAUGAGUGGAUCUGGUGCUGCUGACACUUCCCUUUUAACAGUAAUUCCACGGUACCGGGGGAUUGACAUUAUACAUGAAAUGGAAACAUGGUCGCUGAUUUCUCAGGAGGACCAUUUAUGUUGUUGACUCAAUCACAACAUUUUGUGCUGAAUAGUUGAAUUCAGCUUUUCAUUUCAACUGAAAACAUACAAAAGAACCCAUCCAAAUCUGGGUUUCCAUGACACAACUGGACUAUGUAAAGAUGUGACCUUCAUCAUUGUAGCUGCAAUGGCAUGACGUGUUUCCCCCCCUCACUGUCUCCCCUGUGAGUCCAGAGGGUGGAUGGGAGGAUGCUGUUCACUUCCACAGGACAGAUAAAUGGCUGCCACCCAGUGGAUAUAUUGAAAACUGCAGCUAGAACAAAUGUUUUAAUUAAACAUGGGACAAAAAAUAAGACACUUGAAGGGCCAUAAUCAUUAUUAGGAUCAAAAACAGAAAGAUGUUUGUUUAUUAUUAUUAUUAUUGUUAUUCAAUUUCAUACAUGAAUCAACAGGCUUAAAAGCAAUAGAGGCUUCUGACCCAGCAAUGAUUAUCCAGCUAACUUUUUCUCUUUAAAAUCUAUUAAACUACAUUAUGAGAACUGGUAUGCAGCUAAUGUCUUUAUCCAGUUCUACUGCUUUAAUGAGACAAAUCACAAAGAACAUGCAAAAUAAAGUGUAUUUGUUCUCUGCAAUAUAUGAAUGAGGGAGUAUCAGGUAUGUAUUGCGUGUUUUAUAGAGACAUGUUCUCUGUAUGUACAUGUGCAUGGAAACUGAACUGAUUCUCUGCUAUUUUUACCAGGCUGCAUGUUUCCAAAGGUUCUCAAUUUCUCCUCCAAACAGAUUUUAUCCAAGUGAUUAUUAGCCCCCAUGUACUGUAUAUUAUUUUGAAUUAAUGUGCAGGUUUUUAGUGAAAUGACUGUACUGUAAUAUCACUCACUUUGAUUAUGUUCCAUGUAUGAUUUAUCAAAUGUUUGGGAUUAAUGUAUGAGUAAUGUAUUUAUUUGAUCAUAAAUUAUGUGUUUUGGAGAACAUUUAUUUUCUGUGUGCAGACAACACAUUUACAACAGCCCUUAGAUGGUGUAAAAGAAAACGACCCAGCUGAUCUAUUGUUGUUGUUGCAAUACUUUUGUGACAAAAAUAUUUCUCCACUUUGGUCCAGACUGAAAUAUCUAAUAUACCAUAUCUAAUAAAACCACAGGACAGAUUGUCAAGAA